CGCUAGCAUUAGCGGCCGGUGUUUGUUGACUUGCAACGCCGCUUAGCACAACACUACAGGGGGAUUCGUUACAUUGUGUUCUACGGGAAAUAUGGCGACAUCCAACUCAUAUAAACUCAGGUGCUCCAUCCCGGGCCACGAAAUGGACGUUCGGGGGCUCGCAGCGGCUGUUUUUCCGGAGGGAGCUUUCGUGUCAGUGUCCAGAGACCGAACCGGAAGAGUCUGGGUACCAAACUCAAGCCCUGACAGAGGCUUCACAGAGAUGCACUGUAUGUCUGGCCACUCCAACUUUGUAUCCUGUGUUUGCAUGAUUGCACCGAGUGAGACAUAUCCUCGAGGACUUAUUGCCACAGGUGGAAAUGAUAAUAACAUUUGUGUUUUCACACUGGACCAACCUCAGCCCAUUUUCAUGCUCAAGGGUCACAAAAAUACAGUUUGCACUCUGUCUUCUGGGAAGUUUGGGACACUUUUGAGUGGCUCCUGGGACACUACCGCCAAAGUCUGGCUCAAUGAGAAGUGUAUGAUGACCUUAGAGGGCCACUCUGCAGCAGUGUGGGCAGUGGUCAUCUUACCUGAACAAGGUCUUAUGCUGUCUGGAUCAGCAGACAAGACCAUCAAACUUUGGAAAGCUGGACGAUGUGAGAAGACUUAUACAGGGCAUGAAGACUGUGUAAGAGGACUAGCAGUGAUCAGCAACACUGAGUUCUUCUCUUGUAGCAACGACGCGAGUAUCAGAAGGUGGCUGGUGACGGGUGAAUGUGUACAGGUCUAUUACAGCCACACCAACUACAUCUACAGCCUGGCUGUCUUCCCAAAUAACCAAGAUUUUGUAAGCACAGGAGAGGACAGGACUUUGAGGAUAUGGAAGAAGGGAGAGUGCACUCAGACUAUCCGCCUGCCUGCCCAGUCUGUCUGGUGCUGCUGCAUUCUACCUAAUGGUGAUAUAGCCAUUGGAGCCAGUGAUGGUAUUAUUCGCGUGUUUACUGAAGCUGAGGACCGCAUGGCCAGCAUAGAGGACCUGCAGGCCUUCGAGGAUGAACUCUCUAAAGCCACUAUUGACCCAAAGACUGGCGAUCUAGGAGACAUCAAACUGGAGGACCUUCCUGGGAGAGAACACCUUGAUGAGCCUGGAAAUCGUGACGGACAGACGCGGCUGAUUAAAGAGGACGACAAAGUGGAGGCGUAUCAGUGGAGCGUCAGUGACGGCCGCUGGAUGAAAAUUGGCGAUGUCGUUGGGGGCUCCAACCAACAAACCUCCAAGAGUGUGAUGUAUGAAGGAAAGGAAUACGACUACGUCUUCACCAUCGAUGUGAAUGAGGGAGGGCCGUCCAUGAAGCUGCCUUACAACGUGUCAGAGGACCCCUGGCUUACAGCCCAUAACUUUUUGCAGAAGAAUGAUCUCAGCCCCAUGUUUCUCGACCAGGUUGCCAAUUUUAUCAUCCAAAACACCAAAGGUCACGUGGUGGGUCCAGAGCAGCCGGCUGGUGGCGACCCCUUGACUGGAGGAGCUAGGUAUAUCCCUGGGGCUUCUGAUGAAAGGUCGGCCUUUGGAGCAGACCCCUUCACAGGCUCUGGUCGCUACAUCCCGGGGUCCGGUCCCAAUCCAAGUGCUCCUGUUGGUGUAGCAGAUCCCUUCACAGGAGGAGGUGCCUACUCUUCAGCGGCUCUCAGACAGAAGACAACCAACAUCUACUUCCCCAAGACUGAUGGUGUGACCUUUGAGCAAGCCAAUACACCACAGAUCAUUGCCAAGCUGAAGGAGCUGAAUGGAGGUGCCCCUCAGGAGCACCAGCUUUCCGAAGAAAUCCUGGAAAGUGUUGAGAGGCUGCUGAUGUCUGUGUGUGAGCCCUGCUCCUCCAAGUCUCCCCUAACCAUCCAACAGAUCAACCUGCUCUGGAAGGCCUCGCACUGGCCAGAAGACAUUGUGUUUCCUGUCUUGGACAUUAUGAGGCUUGCCGUGAGACACCCCCAGGUUAAUGAGAGCCUCUGUGGCGAGGCAGAGGGAGUCCAGUUGUGCAACCACCUGCUGAGCCUGAUGAGGCCUGAGGGGCGUCCUGCCAACCAGAUGCUAGCCCUGCGGACUCUGUGUAACUGCUUUAGUGGCCGGAACGGUCGAGCUCUCCUCAUGGCUCAGCGUGAAACGGUGCUAUCACGUGCUGCUGAGUUGGCCUCUGUCUGCAAUAAGAACAUCCACAUUGCCCUGGCCACUUUGGUGCUUAACUACGCUAGUUGCCUGCACAGCCAACCAGAUCUGGAGGCAAAGGCCCAGUGCCUGUCAGUGGCCAGCCGAGCUUUGGAGACCAUUCAAGACAAGGAGGCUGUUUUUAGGCUGCUGGUGGCCUUGGGAACAACUGUGGCCUCAGACCAGACAGCCAAGGACCUGGCUCGCUCCCUGGGGGUCAACUCUCAGAUUUCCAAGUACUCGUCAGUGUCUGAUCCGUCUAAGGUGGCUGAGUGCUGCCAGCUAGUUUUAAAAGAACUACAAUGAUGUAAAUGAUUAGAAGAAAAAAAGAGCACUUGUUUCUUACUGAUCUGCUUUAUCAGUUGUGGUGGAGACUUAAAUAAUUGGAUGUUCUACAAUAAAAAAGGAGAAAUUAAAAAUCUG